AUGAGGUUCAAAUUCCCUCUCAUGGCCAUUGGCCUGGAGGUUGCCAUGAUUGUUUUAUUUGGAUUGUUUGUUCAGUAUGAAACGGAUGAGACUCUUCUCCAGCAGCCCAACAGCACCAAGUCAACAGAUGUGGCCAGAUUCCUUGAGUUAUACCCUCUAUUCCAGGAUGUACAUGUCAUGAUAUUUGCUGGGUUUGGCUUCCUCAUGACCUUCCUGAAGAAAUAUGGCUUCAGCAGUGUGGGCAUCAAUCUGCUGAUCGCUGCUCUGGGCCUCCAGUGGGGCACUCUCAUACAGGGCAUCCUGCACAGCCAUACACAGAAAAUUAACAUUGGAAUCAAAAACAUGAUAAAUGCAGACUUCAGUACAGCCACGGUUCUGAUUUCUUUUGGAGCUGUCCUGGGAAAAAUAAGUCCACUCCAAAUGCUGAUGAUGACAAUCAUAGAAAUUACUGUCUUUGCUGUCAAUGAACAUCUGGUUGCUGAGAUGUUUAUGGCCACUGAUAUUGGAGCAUCAAUGACAAUCCACGCCUUUGGGGCCUACUUUGGCUUGGCUGUCGCAGCCGUCCUAUAUCGACCAGGCCUUCGGAGGGGACAUGACAACGAGGAGUCUGUGUACCACUCGGAUUUGUUUGCAAUGAUUGGGACUCUUUUCCUAUGGAUAUUUUGGCCCAGCUUUAAUUCUGCCAUCGCCGAAGCAGGAGACAAACAGUACAGGGCCAUCGUAAACACCUACUUCUCUCUCGCUGCCUGCGUGCUCGCGGCCUACGCAUUCUCCAGCCUCGUUGAGCACCGAGGCAAGCUCGAUAUGGUACAUAUUCAGAACGCGACCCUCGCUGGGGGAGUUGCCGUGGGCACCUGUGCAGACAUGGCCAUUCACCCCUACAUGUCCAUGGUCAUUGGAAGCCUUGCAGGAAUCAUCUCCGUGCUUGGAUUCAAGUUUCUGACUCCACUUUUUGCUACUAAGCUGAGGAUCCAAGAUACCUGUGGGGUCCAUAACCUGCAUGGCUUACCUGGUAUGCUAGGAGGCCUGGCAGGCAUUGCGGCGGUGGCCUUGGGAGCAUCUGACGUGUCUACCCCGGCCAUGCAAGCAGCUGCUCUAGGUUCUUCCAUCGGAACAGCAGUUGCUGGAGGGCUGAUCACAGGUUUAAUUCUGAAGUUACCUAUCUGGGGACAGCCACCUGACGAGUACUGCUAUGAUGAUUCUGUCUUUUGGGAGGUCCCUAGGUGGAGAGAACAUGACAGUCAUUUCUAUGAACAUCAAGGCCACAACCACUUGGAACCUGAACCCUAAGUGCCAUUCCUCUGCCUCAGCUUCCUUUAUUUAGAAUCAAGUUUAAAUAGACGAAAGCACCCAGUGGGAAUAUAGACCAGCAUGGAAGAUCCUGAGCCCCAAAUGUUCAGUGUAAAAAUGUCUUAGCAUACUCUGGUGUUGUCUCUGAUGUUCCCUGAUUUUUAUAUAGGGCCUAUGACUCAUAAAACAGGUGGGCAAGACUACUCUUGACCAUCAGGUAGAUACAGGGUGAACACUCGAUGUUCGAUGUAUAUUCGUGUAUAUUCCCCAUGGAGGUAGAUUUAUAUAGAAACUAUACUUUCAAAUCAUAUCA